GCGUGUAUGUGUAUGUAUAUGCGUGUAUGUGUAUAUACGUGUACGUGUACGUGUGUGUGUGUAGGUGUAUGUGGCAUAUUUUACAAUAUUUAAUGUUUGUUCUUGAUUAUACAAGCUUCAAUGCCAGUUGAGUAAAAGGGGCCAAGGCGGUCUUACUGCUUCUUAGCGAUGAGCUUACUUCACAGGCUUUCCAGUGACCGAGAGUUUGCAUUUAAUUACUCCAUGUCGAGUGUUACCAGUCUGAGCAAGAGUUGCGUGUAUAGACUGUGGGAGCGCCAACUUAUGGGGGACCAUGGCCAUCCCGUCGGUGUUUUCAUGAGUUGUCGUAACUUCCAUGCGUCAAAGCAGACAAUUUUGGACCGCAAUGGUGGAAGCAUGUGGAAGCACUACUCGAGGCAUGAGUGGGAGUUGCUUUUCCAGCCAUCUGAUUGUGGCCCUUGCAGGGUUCAUGUCGUGAGGCCGGACGAGCCAAUCCUGCAAAGCCUUUGCAAUGGCUUGGCUACUUGGGAAGGACAGUCAGAAUCUCUGCAAAACUCAGUGGACCAGGCUUCUUUGCGAGUUGCUGUAGCACAAUCAGCACUUGGCAGCCCAGCCUUCCUCGAGAUUUGCAGGCCGAGCUGUCCACGUGACACAGACCGCAACUCCGAUGCUGCAGAACUGGAGGCACCAAAUCUGCUGCGUGCAGAUGCUGAGCUUCGCGCUGCAGAAGAGGCUUUGCCACCUUCUGGGCGGUAUGCUGCCUUGUUGGAGCGGGUGGUGCAGCUAGGAUCAGCAGAAACAGGUAGGUCAAAAGUGACCAGCCAUGGCCCGGGCAGCUCAGGUGCAAAAAUUGCCGAAGAGAAUGCGUGGCUUUAAAACAGGAUUGCGAGAAAGCACCACGUACAUCUGUAAAGUGCUGCCAGAAUCAAUACUGUAUUACCAAUAUUUACCAAUCACAUGGUGGAGGUUGGAACGACCUUGUCAAAGUCAGCAAAGACGCAGCUGAUCGGACAGGUGAUUUCCGCUCGCUUUGCG